AUGUCUUUUCCACAGGAAACUAAAAUGGACUUGGAUCAAAACCCGAUUGCGGUUUUGAACGAAAUUCGAAAACGUUGUCCAGCGGAACUGCAAGAGUAUUUAAAUACGUUUGAAGACUUGUAUGACCGCAAGCUAUGGCACCAACUUACUUUAAAAAUUGAGGAAUUUUUUGCAAUACCUGCCUCGGGUCCUUUCCAGAUCCAGUUAUUUCAAAAUUUUAUAUCUGAUUGGGAAAAUAAGAUGAAUAAGCUUAAAUUAGUAACUCUAGGACUUAGUGUCAUGAAACAGUUCAGUGGCUAUAAUGAAGCCUUGGCUUUUCUAACAUCACUUGUUGGAAAAGUGGAUACUCCAGACUCUCGUGAAGCAUAUGUUCAUGCUGUAAUGGAGACAGCUUAUAUAAAGCUUAUGCUAAAUGAUCUUGAUGGCACAAAAUCCGCUAUAGACGAAUGUGAAAAGAUCCUUGAAAAAUUUGAUUCGGUUGAAACAGCCAUUCACGCGAGUUUUUAUCGUGUUUGCGCAGAUUUUUACAAGGCGAAGGCGGAAUAUACCGAAUAUUAUAAAAAUGCAUUGCUUUAUCUCGCAUGUAUUCAAUUAGAAGAUUUGACUUCUGAAGAAAAAGUCGAAAGAGCAUAUGACUUGGCCAUUAGUGCUCUCUUGGGAGAUACUAUUUAUAAUUUUGGAGAAUUGUUAAUGCACCCAAUACUUGACGCUUUAUCAAAUACUCCUCACGAAUGGCUCAAAAAUUUGUUAUUUGCGUUUAAUGCCGGUGAUAUUGGAAAAUUUGAGAUGUUAGCAGUUAACUUUACGCAGCAGGCUUUACUUCAAGAUACUAUCGCGUUUUUACGUCAAAAAAUCUGUUUGAUGUCACUGAUUGAAGCAGUAUUCAAGAGAAGCUCUGAUAAUAGAACGAUACCUUUUGCAGAUAUUGCUGCAGAAACGAGGUUGCCUAUAGACGAGGUGGAAUAUCUGGUAAUGAAAGCACUUUCUCUAAAAUUGGUCCGUGGAUCCAUUGAUCAAGUUGAUGAAAAAGUUGUAGUGACAUGGGUCCAACCGCGUGUUCUUGAUAAGAAUCAAAUUGAUGGUAUGAGGCAGAGGUUACAAGAAUGGAAUGAAACUGUAAAGAAGACUGCCAUGUUUGUGGAAAAUGAAACUCCAGAAUUAUUUAUUCAAUAA